AUGAAAUUCCUUGUGCUGGCUGCUCUGCUCACAGUGGGUGCUACUGCACACAGCAUCAUCCCUCGGGCUGUGUGGCAGUUCCGCAACAUGAUCAAGUGUACCAUUCCUGGGAGUGACCCCUACAAGGAAUACAACAACUACGGCUGCUACUGUGGCUUGGGGGGCUCAGGCACCCCUGUGGAUGAUCUGGACAGAUGCUGCCAGAGACAUGACCAUUGCUAUACCCAGGCCAAGAAGAUGAGCAGCUGUAAAUUCCUUGUGGACAAUCCUUACACCAACACCUACUCUUACACGUGCUCUGGCUCCCAGAUCACCUGCAGCAGCAAAAACAAUGAAUGUGAAGCUUUCAUCUGCAAUUGUGACCGUGAAGCUGCCAUCUGCUUCUCCCAGGCCCCAUACAACAAGGAGCACAAAGACCUGGACACCAAGAAACACUGUUAGGAUUGUCACCUUUGAA